AUGGCUUUAUCUUUCUCAAAUCUUGCAACUCAAAAACUAUUUUCAUCCAAAUUUGUUUUUGUCAUCUUAGUAACUUUCUUUCUCUUGGUAGCAGCAGAAAAUGCUAAUUCACAAAAAAAGGUUUACUUCAACAUUACCAAAUUCACCUAUGAUCAAUCUGAUCUAACUUUCCUAGGAAGUAUCCUUAUUGAUACCAGUGGUGUCUUGUCGUUGCCCAAUCCAUUUCCAAGUGGUUCGCUUGUAGGCCGUGUCUUGUAUAAAUAUCUAGUGCCCAUUUGGGACAGUAGUACCGGAAACGUUGGCAGUUUUGAAACUUCAUUUUCAUACGAAGUAUGGAACUAUGGACAUGCGCCGGGUGAUGGGCUUGUGUUAUUUCUUACAGACCCCGCAAACGCUGCAAUUCCGGACAACUCACGAGACGGCCUUCUCGGAGUAGCUGAUGCAAAUAAUGCUUUUAAUAGAUUUGUUGGUGUAGAGUUUGACAACUAUGCCAAUCCAUGGGAUCCAAACUAUGAACAUAUUGGUAUUAACCUAAACUCAUUAUAUUCAGCAAAAAUAAUGAAAUGGAGAUGGGUCUACGGGUAUGGUACACUGCUGAAAGUAAAUAUCAUAUAUGACUCUCCCUCUAGUACCUUGACCGUGGUUGUCACUGACGAUGAUGGUGAAAUUUCAACACUUUCUCAAAUGCUUGAUUUGAAAUGGUUGCUACCAGAGAUGGCUGUGAUUGGUAUAUCUGGUUCAUCAGGGUUUCUUCAAAUAAAUGACAUCCUUUCAUGGUCUUUCACUUCAGUCUUGGACACAACUACAAGGAGCAACUCCAACAACAUCAAUAAUAUUACUACUGCAAGCUAUUGAUGUUUUGAUUUGGUCUUAUUGUGAGGACCUGCAAUAUUUAUGUGGAAAUUCGGGUUCGAUCCCAGCUCACCACACUUAAUUUCCUCUUUCCAUGUGUUUUAUUUUAUUUUAUUUGAGUAUUAUGUUGAACAAUAGCAAAAUAAAUAAAGAUUU